UUAGUAUUGGGACUAAAAUAUUUGCAGCAAACUAUAGAAAUUUAGGUGGCUAUUUGAGUUUCAUUUGUAGAAAGUUUACCGUGCUAUUGAUGUUUUGAACAGUAAAACACCUUUGGCUUGUCUGCAGCGUGUGCGUAAAGAAAUCAAGCAUCCUGUGAGUGUGGUGAUGCUCUUGACAGCCAUUUACAAAAGCGUUCAAGAUUUGCAUCUGGCAUAGCCAAUCGGGCUGUGUUGUAUUCCCACAAAAGUAAGGUGUAAAAUUCAACUGCUGUCUGAGUAAAAAUGGCUCGUGGCCAUCAGAAGAUUCAGUCGCAGCAGAAAGCGCAAGAAAAGGCUGCCAAGAUGAAGAAACAGCAAGGCCAUGGUUUGAGCGAUCAGAUGAAGGCGGCCCAGAAAGCGCUCGUGUUCUCCUGUGCGGUCUGCAAAUCACAGAUGCCUGAUCCGAAAACGUACAAGCAACACUUUGAAAACAAGCAUCCAAAAUCGGAGCUGCCUGCUGAGUUGGCGGAUGUGUAACAGGACGCAACAGGACAGGCCCAUAUCCGAGAGGUUCGAUUCCGUGAAUUGCUUCAACGGUGGUACUUUUUUCUAGUAGUUUUGCGGCAUGUAAAUCUUAAGUUCAGAAGAGCUAUUGCUCCUCCUGGCAACAGACAGCCCUUUCUAGUUGAUUCCCAUGGAUGUCCUGGAUUGUGUGUUUCUUCCACGAAGACUGGUGUAUAUAGAUGAAAGCGUUGAAAAGCAAUCGGUCAGCAAUCUAGAUAACGCUUUUCGGAACGCUUUCCAUAUUACCUAACCGAUGAGAGUAUUAAAUAAAGAUUAAUCAUAUACACAUUCAAACGAAUUGGUUGUACGCUGUUCAUUUCGGAACAUUGCCAAACCACUUUGCACAUAGAAAAUUAUUCAAAAAAUGUCAACGGCUUUAUUAGUUUACUUUAUCGUUACAUUAUCAAAGAGUUGCUGUUCAGAAUAAUAAAGAAUGGUGGUAGCCUGCCUGUAUCC